CCCGCCCCUCCCGCCCCUCCCCGCCUGGCGGGCCGGAAGGGGCGGGGCCGGGCGUGACGUGGCGGGAUGGCGGAGUCCUACGUGAAGCCGGGGAACCAGGAGCGCGGCUGGAACGACCCCCCCCAGUUCUCGUACGGGCUGCAGGCACAAGCCGGGGGCUCCCGCCGGACCCCGCUCACCCGCCGGGCCCCCGCCCCGCCCGCGGGGGCAUCCCCAGCCGCGGUGCUGGGGGCGGCGGAGCCGGGGCUCAGGGUCCCCCGUUCUGCGGGGCCCGGUGUCCCCGCGCUGACGGGCUCGGCGCCUCUGCUCUGCAGGUGCCCCCCCGGGCCCGCCCAGCGCUCCCGCAGACCCCGCAGCGCCGCCGCCCCGGGCGCUGGGGCCGCCCCGCAGGGCUCUGCCGGCGCUGCCCCGCGGGCCGAGGCCCGGCCGAGCGCGGCGUGCCCGGAGCAGGAGCAGUGCAGCGUGUCCGCCGACACCGUCCUCGCCCCGCUGCGGGCCGCCCUGGACUCCUGCCGGGCCACGGUGCAGAAACAAGUGUGCAAUGACAUCGGGCGGCGGCUGACAGUGCUGGAGGACGCGUGGGCUCAGGGGAAGCUGUCGGCACCAGUGAGGAAGAGGAUGAGCCUCCUGGUGCAAGAGCUUCAGCAGCAGCACUGGGAUGCAGCUGACGAGAUCCACCGCUCGCUUAUGGUGGACCACGUGAACGAGGUGAGCCAGUGGAUGGUGGGCGUGAAGCGCCUCAUCGCUGAGACGCGGGACCUGCCCACCGGAGAGACGGACGGCAGCGCUGACACCGAGCCUGCGACCGAACCCGCGCCCGAGCCCGAGCAGGAGGAGCCCUGACACCAGGGACGGGGCUGUGAACUGUGAGCGGGGCAGCCCCUGCCCAGGGCCACCGGCAGGAACAGGGCCCCUGCUGCUGGAGGGAGUCUGGGCACCCCCUCUGUCUCCCAAUCCUCAUCCAGGAAAAGGGGAUUUUAAUCAUUGCGACAUUUUAGUGGCGAUUCAUUAUGUUUAAUAAACAGCACCAACCUGCCCCCUC